AUGAACAGGUUGACAGAAAUCAAGAAAAGCCAUGAAAAUACACUGAAAAACCACUUGAGCAAAACAAACGAACAAAUAAAAUCUCUGAAAUCUCAGAUGGACAAGAAAAAAUCCCAGCUUGUUGACACCAUAGAAUUCAUCGAGAACAACAGCAGAAAUAUGUCAGAUUUCCACCUGAUCGACAACUUGAAAAUUCUGAAACAGUUACGGUCUGAUAUUAAAAAUAUUAAAGAUCCUUUAGAAUACGAUGGAGGAAAAUUGUUUGAUGACUUGCGUCAAACUUGGUCAAUGGAUGCCAUUGCUGAUGAAGUAGGAUUUCUUCAAAAUGGAGAAAAUCCUGUACGUACACUUGAGGUUUGUGGUGAAGACACUUGUUAUAUCCAGUCUUUUUUAUUAGACUCUUUAAAUGAAAUUAACAUAGAAGGGAGUAAUAAACAAGAAUACAUGAUAAAUCUUUGUGAUAUCUAUGUCUGUAAGAAUGGUGAAGUGUUUUUCACUGUUAAUGAGAACUAUCCUACAUGGGGUAUUUACCAACUAUUUUCUUCGGGAUCUGUCUCUAUUAUCGCAAAUACAGGAGAUUUAGAACCACUAGGAAUCUGUGAGUCGGUGGAUGGUGGUCUUCUGGUCGCCUUGACAGAUUAUUCUCAUUUCAUGCAGCCUUCUACAAGUCUUGUAAGACAUAUGACACUAUCAGGUGACGUCAAAAGUGAGAUCGGCGUUUAUGAUUCUGAUGGAAAUAUACUUUUUAGCUUUGUCUUCAUCUGGUCAAAUAAAGUAUACAUAUCGUGGAUAUAA